AUGCGAACAGAAAGAUCAGAGCAACCAUCAUGGGUGGAGAUGCACAGAAAGGAUAACACCCCAGGCAACAUCAUCUCUCAAAAUGUUAAUGGGUGCAGCCAGUUUGUGCUGAAACACAUCUUGGGAUACCUGAUUGAGACAUACCAGCCGAGCGUGGUAAUGCUGCAGGAGGUCUUGGUAGGGGGGAGGAGGAAAGAGAUAGCUCUCCGAACGAUGAUCAAGAAGGAAUGGGGAUGCUAUCGAGUAUUUAUCACGAAAGGCACGGGGGGCGGGAGAAAGGGUAAGAGUGACCUACGCCUCAUGACAUUAGCGCAUGCUGACCUUGCACCUCGCCCCCCCCUGCCAUGGCACUUCGCCAUGGAAGAGGAGCGCGAGGUCUCCCAAAAAAGAAUACAGGUUUUACACGUUGGCCGCAAAAAAGAAACAAUAGUGUUGGCGAACGUACAUUUCCCUAUCGCAUCGGAGGGGAGAGACCGAGACAACAUGUGGAAGGCACUGAGCCAGAUGCUCAAGAUGGACCCAAACAUUAAGCUCAGCAUCGUCGGAGGCGACUUCAACGCAUCUCGAAAGCUUGCAGAGAUCUGCACGAGAGUAGGGUACGGGAUCAACUCGAACGUGCACCGCGCAGAUGAGGAAAUGGAACGAAACUUAAAUGAGCUGGGGCGAUAUCAGAUGGUCACCUGCGAAAAGAUGAGCAGAAGCAGUUCGCAUUUCACCUUCUCCACAUGGUACAAACAGGGCCACCACCAAGCCAAAUUAGACCAUGUCUUCGCUCUGCAUCAUUCAUCUCGCACAGUAAGCCUGAUAUCAGAGACCGCAGAAGACUGCAUCAUAGGAGCCGCAGUCGAUCACAGGGCACUGGUGGUGAAUGUGACUGCGCUAGAUGAUAAGGGCGAACAAUUUAUUCCAACGGUUGAAAUGCUCACACAAAGGAAGGACCGAGAUGCCAUUCUUCGACGAAAGAAGCGGGUGGUAGAGAUAGAAAAGAUAUCGGGACGACUAGGCGUGGAAUGGGCAAUGGCUCUCGACGAGAAGAUACAAGCGGCACAAGCUCUACAGCAAGAUUGCGACAUUAUCAAUUUGAUAACAACUGCCCUUCCCAUUAAGGAAAUCCCCCUACGAACCUCAGGUGGGAAGCGAUACUCAUCGAAGAUUCAAAUGGACCUGAAAAGGAAGAUUAAGCAACUUCGCAAGGAUCUGAGAAGCGCAUCAGAAAUCACAGACUAUAUUGAUCGUGCACACAGGGAGUCGAGUAUCAACGCCGAACUAAGAGAGACUAUGAUCAAAUUCAAGGAGAUCUGCACCGAACAGGACCAACAAACCUUCCUGAAAGCUUGCGAGGAACGCCGACGACGACUGGGCACGAUAGGGAGUAAAGAGUCCCAGAAUGCAAUGGGGAAGAAAUCAGACUAUAAGCCCAAAGCCCCAAUGAGUAGCCAACUGCCAGAGAAAUGCCACCCAAAUACAAUUGAACUCACCUCAUGGAGCGAUCUCCAACCAGCGCUGCAGCGGUCAGAGCUAGAGUAUUUACAGGACCUGGAUCCGCUGAUGGAAGCAUUCCUGCAAAACAGCUCCAAAGAAUCAAGCAAAACUUUUUGGAAUGCAAAACAUCAAACCUUACUGCACGUUGAGGUCCUCGGGGCGGGAAAUCAAACAUCAAAGAAGCUCUCCCUCACCGUGGCGCCAGCACAUUUGAUUGUACAAAUCAUUCGGAAACUGCUCCCACAACCAGGAGGGUGGCGCCUAGAAGGAUACAAGAACAUCGAGCAAUUUCUCCCUAUGAGAUUGGCUAGCGAACUCGAAGAUGAAACCCACACGGCAACCUUCUUCGCAGUCAACGGCUGCACGACGAAUGGAACCUGCGCAAAGGCGGAGUGUCAAACACGAGGACGACUGAUCCCGCUAUAUGACAAAGUGUCAAUCAUUCACCUCCGUCCAACCACCGGAAUUCAACUCUCCCACGAACAUUGA